CCCUGUGUCUGUAGAUUAUGACAGCAAGAAAGUGUACGCGAUUGAUUACGACUUGAAGGAAGUCGUAAUUGAAAUGGAUUACCAUGGUCGUGGAAAGAAUCAAAUGUUUGAUGGUUAUUUACAGGAUGUUAUUGGAGGCGUUAUUUACUGGAAAACAAAAGAAUCGAUCGUUAUAAAUAUAAUGAACAUCUCCAGCAGAAAUAUUUUAGGUCAUAUUCGGUUACCAAAAAGCUACAAUGCAAAAAUUCUUCUGGUCGUAGACGAAAAUCGACAACCAGAAGGAAGAUGCUUAAAGCUUUCAUGUCUCCACGGUUACUGUUCUAACACUAACGGCUCUGAAAUUUGUCAUUGUGAUAAGGGUUUCAAAUACAACGGACAUGCUUGCACAGAUAUCGAUGAAUGCAUGUCAUCACCAUGCAAUCAAAAAGGUUUUGAACGCUCGUGCAAAAACAUACCAGGUUCUUUCGUUUGUACUUGCAAGAAUGGGACUAUUUUCGAUGGAGUUACAUGCUCAGCCCACUCUGAACUGCAAAUCCGAUUAAAUGGUUCAAGUACUAACAUGAGCGGAAGAGUGGAAAUAUAUCAUCCAACAUUUGGCUGGGGCACAAUCUGUGAUAAAGCAGGUAUGGAAUUGGCAUCGUUUUCUCUUGGUGAUGUCAUCUGUCGUCAAUUGGGUUUCGCUGGAAAACGAAAUUUGAGGCACUUUGGCGAAGGAAGUGGUCCUGUAUUGCUUUCUGAAGUCUCCUGCACGCCAUUCGGUGAUGAAAUAUACAUCUGGGAUUGCAGACAUGCUGGAUGGAAUAUGCCUACUUUAACCUGCACACACGAUCGUGAUGUCGGUGUGAAUUGCUACUGAGAUCACGAUAAUUUACUCGGCUUGGCUAGCAUGGCAAAUUAGUCCUUCUGUGAUGCUAUGCUAAAAUUUUGGU